UCUUUCACGGAGCCGUAAAACGAGCGCUCCUCCCCUCUCCUCAUCGGCCUGAACGCAGACGCUCCGUUUUGGGGUUUUUUUUUUUUUUUUUUGUGCAAUGUUUGCUCUCUGGUUGUGUUUGCUGUGGGCCGUGUGUGUGCAGGCGGAUUUCUUCCAGUUCGACAGCAUUUCCAACGCGUCCACCUACUACUUUAAUUACAUUUACUGUAAUAUUUGGGAGGGGGAAUGUCAGCCGCACCAGGACGAUGCGACCCAGCAGGUUCCUAUCAGGGAUGUUUGGGCAGGUUUCCCACAGGACUACGUUAGCAUGCUGCACCAGUGGUACUGUAGUCUGGGCCAGUGCUGCGAGUCUGGAGACUGCAGGAUCACCAACAACAUCACAGGUCUGGCAAAGGACCUGCAGACCAAACUCCACGGACAGCACCUUGCUCAGUCUGUGGUCCUGAAAGCCAUCCAGGGCUUCAUCAACAACCCACAGUCCAACAAGCCGCUCACCCUGUCCUUCCACGGCUGGUCUGGCACAGGGAAGAACUUUGUGGCUCGAAUUGUUGCAGACAACCUGUAUCGGGACGGGGUGAAGAGCGAGUGUGUCCAUCUGUUCAUCGCCCCCUUUCACUUCCCACAUGCCAGACUGGUGGACACAUACAAGGGCCAGCUGAGGGAGGCGAUCCGCGACAUGGUGUUGCGCUGCCCUCAGACUUUGUUUAUCUUCGACGAGGCUGAGAAGCUCCACCCAGGCCUCAUUGACGCCAUCAAGCCGUACAUGGAUCACUAUGACAACGUGGAUGGAGUCAGCUACCGCAGAGCCAUCUUCCUCUUCCUCAGUAACAUUGGUGGAGCAACGAUCAAUGAUGUAGCGCUGGACUUCUGGCACUCUGGUCAGAACCGGGAAGAUAUCGGUAUGGAAGAUCUGGAGCAUCGACUGCAAGCUGAAACUAUGGAGUCUCAAGGUGGCUUUGCACAAAGCGAGUUGAUGUCUGGUCAUCUGAUUGACUUCUUUGUCCCCUUCCUGCCACUGGAGUAUCGUCACAUCAAGCUGUGUGCACAUGAUGCAUACGCUGCACGAGGUUUAGAGACGGAUGAAGCUACUCUGGAUGAAGUAGCCAAAGCAAUGCUUUACGUACCCAAAGAGGAGAGACUGUUCUCAGCUCAGGGGUGCAAGUCCAUACCUCAGCGGAUCAACUUCUUUCUCCCUUAGGAAGGGGAGAUGGAGAGAGGUCUGGAUGAGGUGCGAGAUUGCUUUCCCAUUCUUUCUGCCCACAGAGCCACGGCGGAGCCUGUUCUGUGUACUGUCCCCUACAGAUACACCAUCUGUCCAGGUCCCUCUGAGAAGGCCAAGCAGCAGAGCAUUUCCUGUAUGAGAGAAGAAAGUAGGAUCGUUUACCCUGUGACAGCAUGAAAAAGGUGGAAAUGUCCAAUGGUUAAGUGUGUAAUAUGAUUGAUAUUCCUCAUCUGUCUGGUUCGAAUCCAUCCUGUCAAGUCAGAGGUGCAGAAGACUGCAUUCACAGAUGUUCCAUUACACCCAAAAUGUGGUUCACACCAAGAUUGUAAGAGGUCAUAAUUCAUUAUUUAGUAUUUGCAUGUCACACAUUGUGCUUAUGUGUAUGGAUUAUUUAUUUAUAGCAUUGCUAUAUUUGUUGUGCCACAUUGAUUGUUGUGAAUUUGUAUAAAUGCAUUCUUGAUUAUCUGUUUGCAUUGUUUUAAAUACAACAUUCUAGUGUGUGAACUCUCUUGUAACACCCCACAGACAGGGACUGUGAUACAAAUGUUCACAAUGUCA